AUGGAGAGCCGCAUGACCAAUCAGGAAUGCACUCGAAGCAUUCUACUGGAACAAGCCAUGAAGAUCAGGGACGACGUGGUGACUGCAACUCAGGGUUCAGUCCUGAUGGAGUCGUCUGCUAGAAAACUACUGGAGAACCACAUUCAGAUCAUAAGUCACAUUGUCAAACAGCUCAGCAAAGACAUCCAGGUGCUAGAAGCCCAGAUUAUUGAGAGAGGCAGCCUUGCUGCAGGAACAACUUUUGCAGUCGAAAGCUUGGAUCACAAGAACAUGACAGGUAUUGGGGAUCUCAGAGGCAGAGAGGCAAGAUGUGAUGCUAGCAUUGCUAAAUUGUCAUCAGACGUUAGUGCUGAAUGGCUGGACAUCCUGAAACUACAGCAGGAAGUGAGCGAGUUACACUCUGGCCUGGAACUGAAGCUGAAAGACAUGGAGCUCAAGCUGUCUCAGGAUGUAGGAAAACUAGAGAUGUCACUGUCAGAGAAGCUAAUUUCUCAGAGGAACACUACUGGAGAUUUACAGAAGGAGAUACAAUGACUGGAUCUGAAGAUCUCUAGUGGUCUGAGGGAGGUGGAGGAGCAAACAGCGAGACUGAGGAAGUGGGCAGAGAAGCAGAUGAAAACCACAGUUCAAUCACACACACUGCUGCAGGACAGAGUGGUUGAAGUGGAAAGCAAGCUAAAGGAGAACACGGCUCUUCUCUCUGGCCAUCUGGAGAGGUUGGAGGCGUUGGAGAAGGUGUGAUCACCUGACAGGACCAAGCGGUCAGAGAACAAACUCAACAGCAAGAGCAGCACUUUGGAGCAGUGCUUCAGAGAAGAACUAGAGCAGAUGAGGAGGAAGUACCAGUCAGGGUUCCAGGUGGUUCAUGAUGCCAUUGCGUCUUUGAGACACAUCGGCGACACCAAAGCCAAGCUGGACAAAGGAGAGCUGCAACGAGACAUUAGACAGAUCCAGAGAAACAUGAUAGCACUGAAGGUCUAA